GCGGAGGUGACGAGCAGGCAAGAACUGCACCGCAAUGACGACUACGAACUGACGUUUCAGCCGAAAACGCGGGCGGGGCGGUACUUUUAUACCCGCCGGGGCGAGGCUGAUGACAAUAAAGAGCAGGAUCAACAUGUUGGGAGUCGUGCAGCGGAGGUAUUGCCAAUCUUCGAAAGACUCAUGUAUAGGCACCUUGAUGAUCUGCAAUUAUCUACUCUAGAUGUUCUUGCAGACGCUGAUGCUGAUCUGGAGGAUUGAAGCGAGGUACUAAGUUCAACUUCGAGUCUGCGGCAGAACAAACCAGCAGCAGGAGUCCCGGUAAUAUUGAACAGACAGAGA